AUGGAGAAGGCUGACGAUCGAGCCGCAAAUCGUGAUGCUACUGGUUCUUCUCCCGUGCGUACUGUAGUUGUUAAUCCGGAUCCUCCGAGCGAUGCUCCAAAGAACCAAGCGCAUCUUCCCAACAACUGGCAAGCUCGGAUGUCAACCUUGAAGGAGAGAAUGAAUUAUUUGUUCUGUUCGGAAGUGUUGUGCGACGUGCACUUCCUCGUCGGGAAGUAUUUCAAACAACGCAUUCCCGCUCACAAAUUUGUGCUCUCUGCCGGAAGCGCCGUUUUCAACGCCAUGUUCAACGGACCGUUCAAAGAGAACAGUGAUGACGACAUUGAACUGCCAGACGUGGAACCAGCCGCGUUCCUCGGAAUGCUGUCGUUUUUGUACAAGGACGAAGUAGACAUAAGCCCUGACUGUGUGAUGACGAUGCUUUACACGGCCAAGAAAUACGCAAUACCUGCCCUGGAAAAGACCUGCGUGGAUUAUCUGAAGACGAAUCUCAAUCCUGGAAACGCGUUUUUACUCCUCACGCAAGCCCGUCUGUUCGACGAGCAGCAACUCGCUGAACUAUGUUUAGACAUCAUUGAUAAGCAUACUGGAGACGCCAUGUUUGCUGAAGAUUUCGUGGACACCGAUGUUGCCACGCUGUGUGUGGUUCUCAAGCGCAACACUUUGCGAAUCGUUGAAGCCAAGCUUUUUCAGGCUGUGUUACUCUGGUCGAAAGCUGAGUGUGAGCGCCAGAAGCUGCAAUGCACCCCUGAGAAUCAGAGAGUAGUUUUGGACGAAGUUUUACCACUUAUCCGCUUUCCGUUGAUGACCAUUGAGGAGUUUGCGACCGGACCGGCUCAAAGUCAAGUACUUUCGGAUCGCGAGAUGGUGAAUCUUUUCUUGCACUUCACUGUUCACCCGAAGCCGAAAACCUGCUACGUCGACGUUCCUAGAUCCUGUAUGACGGGGAAAGAGCUUUCGGUAGUUCGUUUCGGAGAAACGGAAUCUCGAUGGGGAUAUAGUGGCACUAGUGACAAAAUUCGGUUCGUCGUCGAUCGCCGAAUUUUCGUUUUCGGAUUCGGACUCUACGGCUCUAUCAACCCCACGCCACAGGAAUACAAAGUGACGAUUUCUUUGAUGCGUUCGGGGUGUACGAAACAUUUGGCACUGGUGGACACAACAUUCUGCUCUGACGGAACUGCGGACCGAUUUAGAGUGCACUUUCCCGAACCCGUGGAAGUGCUUCCAAAUGUUUCCUAUACUGCUGCGGCGUUAGUUACGGGACCAGAUACAUUCUAUGGGACGAACGGAUUGAGCAAGGUUACGGUUGACUGUCCCUUGGGUGGAAAAAUCACAUUCCACUUUGCCUACGCCGCAGGCAACAAUAACGGUACUUCCGUGGACGAUGGACAACUUCCUGAAAUUCUUUUUUACGUUGAGGAUUUGCCGAGGAAUUCGUUCCAGUUGGGGUUGAGGUAUGAACGUGAUGACACUGCUGAAGCUGACUUUGAAUUGGUAGUUGCUCGACUGCAAGCGUUGAUUACCACGAUUGUGAAUCUCAACUCUUUCGUGAAAUUCAUAAUUUCUUAUUCACCGAGUCUAGAUCAUUUCGAAGAUAGCAAACUGAGAUUUUUUGCCAAGUUCGUCACUGACGUUGAUUAUCUGAAUUCUGAAGCAAAUUCAAAGGCGACUGUGAAGGAGUGCAUCACACGAGGCGGUGCUGUGUGCAUCAAUCCAGUUAUGUUGAUCAUGGACAAAAGAGUGAAAGAAAAUACGGCGAGUAAGGAAUGCGGUUCUGGAGAUCAACUUCGAGCCUCAGCGAAAAGGCUGCGCACGAAUGACGAAACGGAAGAAAUGACCGUUAUGAUUCAUCUCAUGUCUGAUCUUUCUUUCUUGACUUACAAAGACGACGUGUCAACCUAUUGGCCGAACUACUACUUCACCGGCUACGUUGUCGGAUUAAUCGCGAACGAAGUCAACUGUGAACGGCUCAUCUCUCGUUCCCAGAACAAUUGUAACCGUGAAAACUUUCAUCCAGCACUCUUCCACAUCUACAUCGGGACCCUCUGGAUUGUCCAGGUUCUGAGAGUUCAGGAAUUUAUGGGAACGGUUCAUCACGCGUCUCAGAACAGACUCUCCCCUCAUCUGAAAGAUCUGGAGAUGAUGAAAAUACCAGGUCCUCUAGUCGACCUGUUUCGCGGCCUGUCUUGUGGACACGCAGACCAAGCAGGCUCUGGCCUCAUUGGACCCCGUCUGGCCCAUGGAUCGAUUGUUGCGGAUGGUGUUAAUGACCAUCCCGUGGACCUGUUGUUCAACUGCAUUCCACCAGUCGCCAUUUUGCGACAAAACAUGCGUCGCAUGUUUGAAAUAACGAAAGACCGAAAGGAUCGACAAGGACGAUGUGCCAACGAAAUAAGUUUUACCAGCGUCGAUGUUGCCCAGUUUGCCGCAGACAAGGCUUACCCUUCGCCAUUUGCCCACGACAGCCAGACGGAUUGGACUGCGCACGGAAGACUCGCUCCUGGUCUUUCUUUUCCACUGACCUUUUCAUCAUAUUCUGAAUCGUACUGGAGGAGUUAUGGCGUUUCGCGUGGGUAUGGGUGGAGUAUGUACAGUACGGAAUUUCCAACUUACCCGCGUGAUGAAGAGGGAAAAAAAAAGCAGGAUUGGAUCUCGUAUCUCGGACUCGAUGACCUCAAGUGGUUCAAUCAAGUCGCCGUAACAGUGGGUUGGAUUUGUGAUGUGUUUGAGGGGUCCUGUGCUCUGAAGGAUAUCCCAGUCUAUGGCCGUGCUCCAGGACAAGCCAUUGUGAACCUGACGACGAAAUACGUGAAUGACCACAGCCUUCGCGAUGCUGACGGAGACAGCUUGGAGUUCUCUUUUAAAAUCUGGAGCCCUCAGGAUAAAAUGAACCACACGACGGCGGAGCUUUGUGGCCUCUCUCAGUGGCCACGUGAUGCUGAUGAAGCAAGGACGCAUCUGCGAAUACAGAUGCGUUCUUCGAUUAUAAACUCUGUUCCGACGAUGUUAUUUCAUGUAUUUUUUGGUGUGCACAUCGAGACGACCUCUGACAAGAUCAUCUCGACUGAGGUGAACCCUGUUAUCGGCAAGAGAGGGACUAUUCAGUCUAUGAGAUAA